AUGUCACCUUCCGGUCCUCCAAGAGAUUUGAAGUUUUUUGAUGUUACCAACCAAACCAUAUCAUUCUCAUGGAAACGACCAGUGUGUGGUCAGCGUAACGGAAUCAUAACCCAGUAUCAUUACAGUCUCAUUGACAGUGAAGAAGGAGUAUUUGAGGAAGAUACAACCUCUCGUACUGGGACAGAAUUCACUGGCCUCGUUCCUUUUAUGUCAUACAAACUGUCAUUAUCUGCAGAGAAUCAGUUUGCUUCAGGGCCAGUUGCUUCAAUUACGACUCGAACACACGAAGGAAUUCCUCCGCCCCCAAGCAAAGUCACUUUUCCAGUUACGAGGAGCGACAUGAUCACCGUAGCGUGGAACGCUCCUAGUCCUCCUCAUGGCAUCAUCAUCAGCUACGAGCUCCGCUACUGGAAGACAGGGUCAGGGAACCAAACAUUGGGAGAUACAAUACGAAUCACUAAGCAGCUUGCUAGUCAGUACCAGACGAAAACGAUUAUGGCUCUGGAAAAGAGUAUUAGUUACUCAGUACAGGUCCGAGCUGAGACAAGUGUUGGACACGGUCCAUGGAGUGACAUCUCAACAGUCACUACUGUGCCCAAAGUUCCUACCCCUCCAAGCAACGUGACUUUCCCAGUAAUCAGAAGCGACCGCAUCACCGUGUCGUGGCUUCGUCCAUCUCAAGGCGAUAGCAUCAAUUACGAGAUCCGCUACUGGAGAACAGAGUCUGGAAACUCAUCAUCGGCUGAGAUAGUUAGAGUCAAAGAUGAUCAACAGACUGACCUUCAAACAAGAGAGAUCACAAACCUGGAAGAAAAUGUCAGUUAUUCAUUCCAGAUACGUGCUGAAACACAUUUUGGACUUGGAGGAUGGAGCAACGUCUCAUUAUCUUUAACACUGCCACACAGGAACGCAUUAACUCAGACGCCUAUCACUAGACUGAGCAGUUUUCUGAUUAUCGUUAUCUGUGUGGUCAUUGCUGCUGCUGUUGUGAUUGUAGCUGGUGUAAUCGGUUACACCCGAAGACGCAGUAAACGAAGAAGACUAAAUCCAUUGCAGCUUCAGGGGUUAAAUGCUGACCAGGAACUGGUUUCUUAUGAGAAUGCCGAACCACGAGAGGAGAAACCAACCAGUGGACCAAUUCCAAAAGAAAAUUCACUGGUACAAGAGUCAGUUUAUGAACCAGUGGGCCCCGGUUCAUCUGCACAUGGAGGUGCACUCCCAGCACCACCACCAUCACCACCACCAUCACCAUCACCAUCACCAUCACCAGCACCAGCACCAGCACCAGAAUCACAACCUACAUACGAAGAUGUUGGUUUGCCAACAUGGGCUACUCAAUGGAGUGUCUUGUGGGAUGAUUUUUUCGUGGGAAAUAAAAUACUUGGGAAGGGACACUUUGGUGAAGUGCGUUAUGGUGUCGUAACGGUUAAAGGAGAUCUGUGCAAGGCUGCGAUCAAAAAGCUCAAAGAAAAUGCACCUUCAGCUGACAGAGAACAUUUUUUAGAAGAACUCAAAACUAUGACAAUUCACGGCAGUCAUCCCAACCUUGUCAAGAUUCUAGGCGCUUGUCAACAUGAAGGUAUAUUGUACGUAGCUAUGGAGUACUUAUCCAACGGUGACCUCCGUUGCUACCUGAGGAAGGCUCGAUCCAUGGAGGAUGAUUGUGAAGCAUCGCUGUCUCCUCAGAAGCUGCUCCAGUUUGCUCUGGAUGUGGCUAAAGGAAUGCAACACCUUGCUGCAUCAGGGGUGAUACAUCGUGAUUUGGCCGCAAGGAACAUUCUCCUUGAUGAUAAUCUGAAUGCCAAAGUUUCUGACUUCGGUUUGUCACGUGGAGAAGACGUCUACGUACAGACAUCAAAGACUCGUGUCCCUACUCGCUGGCUCUCUCUGGAAUCGCUGACUCGCCAGACGUAUACUUCGAAGAGUGAUGUGUGGUCCUUCGGAAUCCUGCUAUGGGAAAUUGCAACCCUCGGUGGUACACCGUACCCUGGUAUUAAGACUCAGGUCCUGACAUCAAGGCUGGAGAAUGGAUACCGUAUGCCCAAACCAGACAACUCGGAUGCCAAAAUUUACGAUGUGAUGCUCCAGUGCUGGCAGGAAGAUCCGGAUGAUCGACCAUCCUUCAAGAAACUUGUCUCUAUCCUGGAAACAAUGGCCGACAGCAAGGAGGAUCAGAUCUACAUGCGUCUGUUACCGAGUUCGAAAAAUUAUUUGUAUGAGAACAUACACCCGGAGUUUGACGACAACUAACUUGGUGUUUUCAAAUCGUAUGUGAACCCAUCUUGGUACAAGUCGAACCGAUAUUUUUGUUUUAACGCUGGCGUAUAACACUCGCAUUUGUGGAGGUACUGAUGUGUCGUAACAUAGUUUUGCUCAUACUAUUCAAUGUAACUUGUUAACCUCGUGUACUUAAACAAAUACAUAGCUGUAUAGGUAAAAGGAAAAGGAUCAGAUAAUGUAAUUUAGGCAAAAGCACAUGGAUAAUCCUUUUUGUUGUAUCAUAUGUAUAGAAAUGUGACCGUUUCAUGGUUAUCCGCCUGAAUCCACUAGAAGCUUUUUAUACGAAAAAUUUAGCUGGUUAUAAAUCAACAAAAAUAUAAACUGUGAACUUAAAAGUGAUUUUAAAUGGACACAUGUAAGGCUUUAUGUAUGUAUGUUAUAGCUGGUAGUGUCUUGAUCGUUUUUCAGGUGGUAGUUUAUCUCGGUAGUUUGAUUGUCAGUGCGUGCUUUCGCUAUACUGUUUUAACUUGGUUUGUGGGUCUUCGUUGCUCAUCGAAUUAUAAAAUGUUGUUAAGGACACAAUCGAGUGAGACGUGGACAUGAACGCUCGAUUUAAAAACACGUGGUCGUGGUCGGGCGGAAAAAGACCAAGUUACUACUGUUUAUUUCCAUUAAUGAGUGCCACCUCGUAAUAAUGAGCGUUAUAAUUCUAGCGAAAAAUGCAUAACCUUUGUCAUGAUUUCCAAUUCGUGUCAAGUCCGGUUCGCGAAUGGAUUUUGCAGACGUAUGCGUAUUGAUGUGUUUACAUUGCGUUGCGUCUAAACAAGUGCCAAGGGUAAUAAUUGUGCCACCCGUAUUUUAAUAUACUUUAUCUCAGCAUCUCAACAUGUCCAUAUCGUACUUUUAGUCAUGGCCUCAUGAACUCCUCUUUACCAAUCAAAAUGGUUGAACUGUUCUGCUGGGUCUUUUUGAAUUUAAUGUGACGCACGGUUUAUUACAAAAACACAUUCUUUUAAUAAUACGAUUGGAAGUUUAAACAUCUAAACUCGAAAGUACUUACUAGAUCCAUUGUUUGUCGUACUAAAUCUACUUUUAAUUGGGAAACCCCACCAGAUCGUUAGAGGCCCACACAUCAACAAGUACUAUAACUUUAACUUGAACAUCGGUAUGUUUCAAUCAUUUUAUCACCAAGAAACCUAACAUUAAAGUUAUGGUAAACAAUUUUUGUUGUCAUGUACGCAAUCAGGAUUACAUCUAAUCCUGUAUGUUUAUGUUGAAGUUCUGGAUCAAGGAAUAUCCUAUAGGGAGAAACUUAAUGUGGGUAAAUUUAUAUUACUGAGCUAUAUAAUGGUUCCAUGUCGUUCAUUUUCUUAACAUUAUGUAGUUUGUCAUCCUUCUUGUUGACGGUCAAUCCUUUCCCUGGUAUGUUUGGUAUGUUCCUCGUGUUAUUAUUCUACAUGGACAGGUAUUUAACUAGUGGUUUUUCUUUUUUUCUUCUUUUUUGCAUCGCUCAGAGUAUUCUCUUAUAUAAUAUACUGAACUAGGAUUGAAAUAUUGUUUAAAUAAUUCCACAUUCAAGUACUGCUAUUUUUGUCAUAGUGACUGUAUACAUAGACAUAAGAAAAACCAUUGCUGAUACUAUUGGUUGGUUUCAUAUAUUUAACUCAUGGCUUUUAUCAAUACAUACACUUAAAAGAGUCGGGUUGGUGAUUACGAUGAAGUUCAAACUAUGUCCUUGUCAAUAUUGUUGCAUUCGAAAGUUCGUUAACAAUAAUAACACUUAUAGUGCGCCGGUAUCCACCACAGGUGAUGCUCAUGGUGCAAGGAAGAAACACAAAAUUAAUGAAAAGCAGCUGUGAGAAAUUGGGUUUUGAGGGCCUCUUUGAACUUAUGAAUAAAAUACAUGUUACGGAUAUUAAGAGGCAGAUUAUUCCAAAGUAGAGGUCCAGCAUGGUAUUUAACAAGUCAGAUUCCCUUGCUACGGAACCCAAAAAGGGACAUGUAGCACAAACAUUGGCAACAAAUACUGAAACAAAAUAAUGAGAAAACGAAAUUACAAUCAAUGUAUUACGAUUUCAUAAAUACGGAACAGUAUUUCGAGAGAACGCUUUAACAUUUCGAGGUAACAAUAUGCAAGGGAAUAAUGUUUACACGUUUGUUUACCAUUUCAAAUUUAUCUGGUUACCUGUCCCCUUGGGGGAUACGUACCUAGUGCCUUGUUACGACAAGAA